GCUUUUAUUCUGUAUCGCCAACGUUACCAUACCGCUGUGACAGCCGCAAAUCCACGCUUGUCCAACCCGCAAAUCUCCAAGAUAAUCGCAGCAAAGUGGAAAAACGAAGAGGCUGAAAUUAAAGGCUAUUGGAAAGAAUUGGCCGAAGAAGAGAAGAAUCGCCACCGCGAGCAGAACCCAGACUAUCAGUAUAGGCCGCGCCGUAAG